UCUCAGUGGUUAUUACUGGAAAAGCAAGAAUCUGAAGCAUAGACUAAGAAUUUUGAAUAAUGAUCAGAAUACUAAGAAUAGCUAUGAAAUUUUGGGUCUCAAAAAUACCGAAAAGGAAGGAUCUGAUUAUGUUGCGAUUGAUGAAAUUUCAAGUUCCGAAAAUGAUGGUGAAUCCGAAUGUGAAUUCCAAGAUAUCCGAAAAAACGGUCGAUUCAACUUUUCUGAUUCCGAUAAACUUGAAUACGAAGGAAUCAUGAUUGAUAGAAAAUCGGAACGGUGCAUUGGAAAUAUCCGAAUUAUUCAUUUAUCUGGGAGAAGGACAAAUGCAGAAAAAUACAUCAAUCUCGCCAAUAAAUACAAACUUUUAUGGUUAAGCACUCAUUUUUCUUCUGCAAGAGUUGAAGAGCUAUUACCGAAAUCAUUUGAUUACAAGACAACGAUUUUUAUAAUAAGCUCAAAUGAAGGAAGUGCGAAAAAUUUUGGUAGACUCGAAGCAGAAUUUUUUGAAGUUGUUCGUAGUAAAAAGUUUGGCAUUCUACAUAAUAAUGGAGGAUUUAUCUUUAUUGCUAUUUCUGUCACGACAAUCCAGUGUUCUAUUUUAAGAGAACGCUUAACAAGCAGCGUUGGCAUCAUCUCCGAUUUUAAAUUGAGAUUAUUGAGAUUACUUAAGAUAUUACUUAAUGCAAAACCCAUUGAGGAAGAAGACUUCGAACUCGACCUGGAUGCAAUUAUU